AAGUAGUUUAUUAAAUCAUUCAGUGCUCGCUCAGUAAAGCAGAAAACUUUAGCAACCUGAGAUAGAAAUUCAGAGAGAUGAGUGAGGAAGAAGGGAAAGUGGUGACCGUCAUCGGAGCGUCGGGUUUCAUUACCUCGUGGCUGGUAAAGCUCCUGCUCCAGCGUGGAUACAUAGUUAAACCCAUCGUUCGUGACCCAACUUCCCCUGUUAUCAUCUCUUCUGCUGAUCAUCGUAAGGCACCAUUAAUCGAUUCAGCAGUCAAUGGAACACUUAAUGUUCUAAAAUCAAGUGCAAAAGUAAGUUCGAUCAAGAGAGUAGUUGUGACAUCUUCAGUGGCUGCAGUUGCAUACAACGGAAAACCAUUGACCCGAGAUGUGGUGGUGGAUGAGACAUGGUUUUCUGAUGCAGAUUUUUGUGAGAAAUCUAAAUUCUGGUUUAAUCUUUCCAAGACAUUAGCUUAGGAGGCUGCCUAGAAGUUUGCAACAGAGAAUGGGAUGGAUUUGGUGGUGAUAAAUCCUGGAGCUGUAA